AUGGCUCGUCUGUCAGGCUCAACCCAGCCUGCAGGUUUGGGCAAGACCACCACCGGCCUCGGCGGUAAAGGACUCGGCAAGUCCACUGCCAAGCGCCAUCGUAAGAUCUUACGCGACAACAUCAACGGCAUUACCAAGGGUUCGAUCAGACGCUUGGCCCGCCGCGGUGGCGUGAAGCGCAUCUCAGCUACCAUCUAUGAUGAAGUUCGUGCUGCACUGAAGGACAGACUGAAGCUGGUGCCCACCCAUGACACCCAACAUCCAAAUGACUGAUGACUGACAUUUUACGUAGCUUCUCCAUGACAUCUGCGCUAUCCUGGGUACUUACGGCUGCAUCAUUUUGCCUUCUUUCACUAACAAGCCGUACAGAAUGCACCGUCCGCAAGAC